CAAAAAAAGGAAAAUAAACAACCGACCUUCGAGGACAUUCGACCGAGAGAGGAUUUCGCAACAAGCGGAAUUCCGGAGCAUAUCUGGUCGUAACAGGUCGCAGAACGGCAUCCGGAUGUCGCUGAAGCAUGUAGUGAUCGGCGGUGGAACCGGCUUCGUGGGCAAGCGUCUGGCCAAAUGCCUGCUGGCGGACGGCUACGAAGUGACCACCAUCUCGCGGAUGCCCGCCAUCAAGGCCAUGACCUGGCACGACCUGGAAAAGGACGGCCUGCCGGAGGGCACGUCGGCCGUGGUCAACCUGGCCGGCCAGAACGUGCUCGAUCCGACGCGCCGCUGGACGCCCGGCUUCAAGCAGAACGUGUGGAACUCCCGGAUCAACUCGACGGCCGCGUGUGCCCGGGCCAUCGAGCGGGCCACCGUGAAGCCGCGCGUUUUCGUCAGUAUUUCCGGCGUCAGUCACUACGCGGCAGGUCCGAAGCCAAACACGGAGGACUCGGCACCGGUCGAGCACGACUUCAUGUCGCGGCUGUGCGUGGAGUGGGAACGGGCCGCCAACCUGGGGGACAAUUCGACCUGCCGAGGGGUGAAGGUGCGCAGCGGAGUGGUGAUUGGGCGCGAGGGCGGGAUGAUUGCGUCGUUGAUACUGCCGUUUUGGUUUGGGGCCGGUGGUCCGAUUGGGGACGGGAGCCACGAUCUGCCCUGGAUUCACGUGGAUGAUUUGUGCGGAAUGAUCAAGUUUGCGAUCGAGAAGCCGGAGGUGAAGGGGGUGCUUAACGGAGUGGCACCGCAGCUGAUUACGAAUAAGGACUUUACCAAGGCCUUCGCGUCCGCCCUGUUCCGGCCGGCCUUCUUCCCGCUGCCCGAGCUCGUGCUGAACCUGAUCUUCGGCAAGGAGCGUGCCGUGCUGCUGACCAAGGGCGCCAAGGUUGUGCCGAAGCGCGUCCAGGAGCUCGGCUACCAGUACCGAUACCCGGACAUCCAGUCCGCAUGCAAGGACGUGGCCCGCCUGUUCCCUCCAAAGUAGUAAUUCA